AGUGACGUAGCAGUAAAGGGGACGGACAGAGUUUCCGUGAAGCUAACCGGUUGACCUUGCUGCUUAACGUUGACCGAAUACAACCCACAGCGUAGAGAAAACGCGACAGGUCCAAGUUUACGUGAAAGCUGGUUGAUACCUCUGUGUCCGAUGGCAGCGGUCCACAGCUCCGGUUUCAGGUUAACCAAAGAACAUUUCUUGGUUGCCGUGCCAGUGGCCGUCAUCUCGGCAGCUGCGGGUUUCCUGGUCAGCCGCUACCUGAGCAGCCGCAGCUGCAAGAAGCAUCCUGUGAACGCUUACUUCAGCAAAGACAGCCCCAAAGUGGUGCACAGCUUCGACAUGGAGGACAUCGGCACCAAGGCCGUCUACUGCCGCUGCUGGAGGUCUAAAAAGUUCCCGUACUGCGACGGCGCCCACACCAAGCACAACGAGGAAACCGGAGAUAACGUGGGGCCGCUCAUCAUCAAAAGGAAAGACGCGUAGCGCACCGCUGGAGAUGAACCCCCCCUGUCCGCCGACCCGCCCGAUCAUUCGUCAGUACCGCUGUGUUCUCCCUGCGAACGAAUCCAGAACAAGCCAGAACACACUGCAGAUGUUCUUUUAUGUUUUUUGUUUUGUUUUGUUCUUUUCAUAAUUCGAAAAAUUGCCGCACUGAUCAACAUGUUUGAAACGGGAUCCAGGUCAAGGGACUGCGACAGUCAUUGCGGUUAGCGUUGGGGCAUCGGUUCCUGGGGUUGUCGCCCAUGAACGGAGCAGGCGGUCUAAACAUGAAAUCGCUACCGCGCUUCUUCAUCGGUCCAGCGUUUAUGUCGAACCCAGCACUGGCCUUAUUAUAUCUUUUGUUUGCUGAAUAUGGCAACCCAUAUGAAUGUGACAUGAAAUAUUCAAGUUUGUUUUGCCGCUUUAUAGCAACGUUUGUCUUAAACGGGGGAGAAAAAUGUUUAAUGUUGAAACACUACCUGCUGUUUGUGUGCAGCUUCCUGAUCAAACUGCGUCUGAAGGUUAAAACCUUUUAAUGGAUCUAUUUUGCUUCUUCAUCAGAUUGAUUUUUUUUUCUCUUUUUUUUUCGUGUACUGGCUGCAGCGUGGUUGAGUCAGUGUGCUGUUAUAUUGUUAAUAAAACAUGUUGAGUGAUCUAA